AUGGAAAAUAUCAUCGGUCAUUGUGGAUUAAUUGGCGGAGUUACCGGAAGAAACUUUGUUCAACAGCCAGCUAAUUUGUGGAGACCUUGGGUUGGCAAAGCGGACAGAGAACGCACGGUCACGGAAAACACGCCUUACAAAAUGCCCAUUGGAGGAUUUUCAGACACCAAAUACUGCAAGAGUCCACAGAUCACACACCCAGUAAAGUUGUUUUGGCCCAAAUCGAGAUGCUUCGAUUAUCUGUACCAGGACGCAGAGAUGCUUCUGCGCAACUAUCCGGUGCAAGCAACCAUCUGCCUCUAUGAAGACUCGAGCAGUAAUGAUGACGAGGAGAGCGUUAGUGACAACGACGAGGAAGAGGAGAGCGUGAAGGAGCUGAAUUUAAAAAGACCUCUCUCCCCAAUGUAA